AUUUCAGGAAGUCAAGCGGGUUCGCGGGGCGGGGCUUCGUUUGAGCUCCGCCCACACCUCCUGGUUGUCAUAGUGACACUGAGGCCGCUGAAGUUGGUGUCUAACUGCUAGACACUAGCCGCUGACAUGCAGUACACCGGGAGCAAAUAUGUCGGGGCAUACGUAAACGGGAGAAUGGAGGGCAAUGCAGAAUACGUCCUCCCCACCGACACGAGAUAUGUUGGGGACAUGAAGGACGGCAUGUUCCAUGGAGAAGGAACCCUGUUCUUCCCCAGUGGGAGCAGAUUCGACGCCACCUGGGAGAAGGGAUUGGUGGUGAAGGGCAAGUACACCUUCGCUGACGGGCUGCAGUAUGAGGACAGACACUGGCACUACUGUGACAGCUAUGACCGCAGGUUCUUCACCGAGAUCUGCUAUGGCCUGAAGCCCUCAGGUAUCUCUCAGCUCACCAACAUGGACCCACCUAGAAAAAUCCCCCCAGGCUGUUAUGACUGUGGAGAUGGCUUCUAUAACCCCACCACCAGGGUCAUUAAGGAUUACCGAAACCGCUUUCUGAGAAAUGCAGAUGAUGAUGAACAUGAGUGGAUCGUCAGGACCUGCCGCAAGGGCUGGGCAGAGAAACCUGCACAGAAGCCCAAGCCGUGAAUACCUCAGCCUCAGUAUCUCCACCGGGAUUCCCCUCUGCCCACGGGCUCUUGUUCUAGCUUUGACUUGAGUUUCAGAAUAAAGGUUUCCAGCACUGAAAGGCCCUAAGGGUGAGUGCUUCAGAAGACACCCCCAUUUCACCUGCUUCAGGACUACCGUGGUAGCACUGGGCCCAAGCCCAGACUUGCCAAUCAGAGUAUGUGGGAAUGGGGCUUGGCAUUCCCAAUUACUUCUCACGCAUGGGAACGUUCAAGAACCUUUACCUCAGGACAAGGAUUUCGAACUGAAUGAGCAACUAAGGGCUGUGAACCUCCUCCUGCAGCUGGGGAAUCUGUGGCUCAGAGAAAUGAGACUUGCUGGUGACUCCUGGCCGCAGCAGUGGCACCUUCCCGUGACUGCCUUUCCCUCUGGGCACUGGAUCCACAAGAUGCUUUGGUAUCUAUAUAGGGUUCAAAUCUCAGCUAGAUCAUGGCCACUCAGCAUGCAUCUUUGGGCAAGUCACUUCUCUAAGCCUCAGCUCCCAAUGUCUAUAAAACAGUUACAAGAAUGCUUAAAACAAUAUAGCACCACCAUGAGUCAAAUGAGCCAGUUCAAGACACUGACCACAGGCAGGUGUUCAGUGUUCAACUUGAAUAUCAAUUUGUGCCACUGUAUCCCAGCACUUGGAAGAGUAAGGACCACGUGCUCAAGAGUCAGCCCAGGUUACAUGGUAAGGCCCAAUAUAAAAAAUAGACACAAAAGUAAAUCUGUUCUCUGUGCAUAUAAUCAUCCCCAGAGAUCACAUUUGUUAGCUCAGUUGAGAAAAAGAAAUGGUAUAUCCCAGGGCCACUCUUGGGCCCCAAGCAUCCUGUAUUUUUGCAUGACUAAUCCAUGGAGGCUACCCCCUUCAGACUCCAGGUUAUGAUUGCUGGUUUACCCAGGUUACCUGUGGAGACAGAUGACUGGUCAGACUAGGGAGAGAUCUGCUGAGAUCUAGAAGGGGAAAACACCUCAAACCAGGAACUCAGAGUGCACUGCUGGAGAGCCACCAGCCAAGGAACAUUUCGGUCCCUUAGCUAGCUGCACCAUGCAGUAGAACUGGGAGUCAUCUCUCCUAAGGAUUUAGUUUCCCCUAGAAAACUGAUAGGGUGGAGAUCCACCAGAGGUUCUCAAACUGGACUUUCCAAAAAGAAGGUACACUCAGCAAAGAAACAUACACAACUAAGUGUACAUUCUCUGUCAUAUACAAAUAGAAUUUAAAGCAUAGACUAGAGGGAAAGGCAGAAACAACUUUAGGGGGAAGAGGAUUAAAAAACAACAAUAAAGGGCUAAAGAUAUGGCUCACCUGGAAAAGUGCUUGCCACAUGGGCAUGGGUACCUCAGUCUUGGUCCCCAGCACCCAGGUACAAGGCCAGAUACAGCAAUAUGUGCCUGUCAUUCCAGUGCUGGGGACAUGGAGACAGUAGGACA